AGAAGCAGGGAUGCAACUGGGGAGAGGCGCUGUAGAUUGGAGAAACAGACGGAGGGACCAACCGAGCCUGGCGAGCGAUAGACGGAGACGGAGGGAGAGAGGGAAGCCGUCCGAGAAGCGGCUGGGCGUGACGUCACGAGCUUUCCUGAAAGUCAACAACAAGCCGUAGCGGCAGGAGCACAGCGGCCGUGCCAGGGUCUAGGAGGAGCUGCCGCCGCGUAUCUUUACUGUUAAUGGCAUAUAUAACAGCUCCUCGCCAUUACAAGCUAUAGCAGCUUCGACACGGUUCUUCGUUUUAUUUAUUUUUUCAGUUGCCUGGCAUAUCCGAUUCAUUAUUCUCGCGUAAAGACGGCACGAGCGCACAGGAAGGCUACCGAGGCGAGGGGGAACCCAUCGGUCUCCCCAUCACUGCCCGCGUCAGGCUGAGGCACCGGCAGAGGGUGGGAAGGACUGGGGCGAGCGAAGGGAGAGAGCGCCAGCGGUACGGGAGAAGUACCAGCCGCCCGCGAGAGAGACGGCGACAUACACACAGUGCUUGAGAGAGAGGGAGCGAGUGAGAGAGAGAGAGGGAGAGCGCAAACCCUCCCCCCCGCCCACCGCCCCCUGCCCCCGCCCCCCUCCUCACUCCCCAGGAGAGGAGACUGCCUUUUGGGACUGGCAGGCUCACCGUGGAGCCAUCAUGAGCGAUGUCACUAUCGUCAAAGAAGGGAGAAUACAUUAAGAACUGGAGACCGCGCUACUUCCUGUUGAAAACCGAUGGCUCCUUCAUUGGUUACAAAGAGAAGCCCCAAGAUGCUGACCUCCCUUACCCUCUCAAUAAUUUUUCUGUGGCAAAAUGCCAGCUGAUGAAGACAGAACGACCAAAGCCGAACACCUUCAUCAUCAGGUGUCUGCAGUGGACCACGGUCAUCGAGAGGACCUUUCAUGUGGACUCUCCUGAGGAAAGGGAUGAGUGGGCAGACGCCAUACAGACUGUGGCAGAUAAACUCCAAAGACAGGAGGAGGAGAGAAUCCAGUGCAGCCCCACGUCACAGAUCGACAACAUCUGUGAGGAGGAGAUGGACACCUCCACCAGCCACCACAAACGCAAGACAAUGAAUGACUUUGACUACUUAAAGCUCCUGGGAAAAGGCACUUUUGGAAAAGUCAUUCUAGUGAGGGAGAAGGCAAGUGGGAAAUAUUAUGCAAUGAAGAUUCUGAAGAAAGAAGUCAUUAUUGCAAAGGACGAGGUGGCUCACACACUUACAGAAAGCAGAGUGCUAAAAAACACGAGACACCCUUUCUUAACCUCUCUGAAGUACUCCUUCCAGACUAAAGACCGCUUGUGCUUCGUUAUGGAAUAUGUCAACGGCGGCGAGCUGUUUUUCCAUUUGUCGAGAGAGAGGGUGUUCUCCGAGGACCGCACGCGCUUCUACGGCGCCGAGAUCGUCUCCGCUCUCGACUACCUGCACUCCGCCAAGAUCGUGUACCGCGAUCUCAAGUUGGAGAACCUAAUGCUUGACAAGGAUGGUCACAUCAAAAUCACUGACUUCGGCCUGUGUAAAGAAGGAAUCACUGAUGCUGCUACCAUGAAGACGUUCUGUGGUACGCCAGAGUACCUGGCGCCAGAGGUGCUGGAGGAUAAUGACUACGGGCGGGCGGUGGACUGGUGGGGGCUGGGCGUGGUCAUGUACGAGAUGAUGUGCGGCCGACUGCCCUUCUACAACCAGGACCAUGAGAAGCUGUUUGAGCUCAUCCUGAUGGAGGACAUCAAGUUCCCCCGAACCCUCUCCGCCGACGCCAAGUCCCUGCUGUCCGGGCUGCUCAUUAAGGACCCUAACAAGAGACUUGGCGGUGGUCCAGACGAUGCAAAGGAAAUAAUGCGGCACAGUUUCUUUACUGGAAUCGACUGGCAGGAUAUCUACGAUAAAAAGCUCAUACCUCCAUUCAAGCCUCAGGUGUCGUCAGAGACGGAUACCAGGUAUUUUGAUGAAGAAUUCACAGCACAGACGAUUACAAUAACACCUCCUGAAAAAUUUGAUGAAGAUGGUAUGGACUGCAUGGAUAAUGAGAGACGGCCUCACUUCCCCCAGUUCUCGUACUCGGCCAGCGGGCGGGAGUGACCCUAGUACUGCCUCCGACAGUACCCACCCCCCCAAACCCCCAGACCCCAAGACCCCCAAACCUCUAAUCCCCCAAACCCCAGCCUACGUAUAUUUCUGUGUCUUUAUUUAUUUUCUGGAUGGGGAAACCAUUAGAAGCCUUUCUUCGGUUGCUAUUUUUGGGAAUCUCUUACUUGGAAUUUUGCACGUUGGGCCAGAUCAUGCCGGUGCUCUGGCCGGGGUGAAGCCACCUGCAUUGACUGCAAGCGACCGUUCGGUCAUAGGUUUUAUAUGUUUGUCUGUCACUUCUUUACUUAAACUACUGUGUUUUUUUUGGUUGAAAGCCGCUCACAUUCCUCAUUGAGAACAAGAACAAUAAAACGCUGCCUUACACGUUCCAUUUCAGACAGAAGUCGGCAUGGCUCGUGGGUUUGCAGAAGCCUUUCUGUCCACAUUGCUGUGGGUUUCAAAAAAAGUUAAUGGUACACGGUACUUCUAAGUGAGUGUUAACCACUCAAUUGACAUGGCGUUGUUGCUUCUUUAAGCUUGUUUUAGGGUAGAAACUGCCAGAAAUUAUUCUCUCAGGUGACACAGAUGACAGCUGUGUUCAACUCAACUACAGGUAUUAUUAGCUUUACUCAACACUAACAAUGCCAAACAGUCUCUCUGCAGUAACCUCUCUUGGACAAAAGGCAGUUAUCUUAACUGUAAUCAGAAUUAAUGACUUUUUUUUGAGGUUGAGCUUUUCAUUUUAAAAAAGUCAUUAGCUGUUGUUUUUAGUUACACAAUAAACUGUGACGCUCACUUUCCGCUUGUAGUGAAAUUAGCUUGGGUGCAUGAACAUUUAAAGAGGCAAUAACUCAGGAUAUCCCUCUCAGACAAUGUAUUGAGAGGGCUGUGCUGAUAUCACUCUAGACAGUGCACUUGAAAGGCCAUACUGAUAUCAGUGGCAGUGCACUCGGAUGUCCAUACUGAUAUCACUCUUACAAUGCACAUGGAAGGCCACACUGAUAUCACUCUGGCAAUGUAGUGUUGUAAUGUAAUGUAGUGUAGUGUAGGACUAUGCACCAAGCUGUGUGUGAAUAUGAGCUCCUACAGUAACUCAAAAGGUACUGCAAUUCACAGCAAUGUGGGCCCAGGGGGUCCUGCGAACUGGAGCCAUGCAGUUUCCCAGCCAGUAACGUAGACCGUCUAGCCCGAGCUCAGAUGAAAAACAGAAUCUGACUGUCUGGGAAGUGUGAGAAAGAGAGGAAACAUAGGUACAUGUCCUUCUGAGGUUCUGGAGAUCCACUUUACUGAUAACACACACACAUACACAAACAUGCUGUAUGUGUGUGUGUACGUGUGUGCGUGUUUGUGUGUAAUUGUAAAAAUAUAUUUAUGUUACGGCAGAUAUGAUUCUUCCCUUCAGUGAUGUAAAUAUGCAAUGCUUUUUUUUUUAGACAUAUCAUUGCUAGAAAGCAAGAUUUGUGUUAUUGUAUUAAUAGCUGGCUGAGAAACAAAACUUCUUUUUUUUGAAGCUGAGAACUUUAUGGGUUGUACUUUCUGCUGACGCUCAGUGCUGGGGGAGUGGCCGGGGGUUGGGGGCGGGGCCAGUGUUAAAACGUGCACUCGCAGGAAGAAUGAACCGCUGACCAGGCAUUCAGAAAUGGGCGGAGCAGAAAGAGUGAAGCACUGUUAAUAUUAUUUUGUUCUUCAGAUAAAGUGAGUUCUUUUUUGAGACUUUAUUUUUGUUUGUUUUUGCAUUUGCUUCAAAUUGUUUUAUUUAUUUGUUCUUGUAAUUUAAUUGUUCUGGUUGUUACGAGUGUUGUCCAGUCUUGUUCUGGAUCUAAGAGGCACCUCUAAAUGGCUUAAGAAUGUAGUUGGGCACAGUGUUGAGGCCUUUUCUGUCAUUUUUUCUUUCAUGUUUCCAUUUCUUUUUUUGCCUGCAUAUUAGUUAAUUAGAAAACCUGCAAAAGUCCUCCUAUAGCCAUUAUUACUGUGGUAAUAUUUAUUUAUUGUUAGUAUUCAUAAUUGAGCAUUUCAGGGGCUGAAAAUUAUUUUUCUUUACAGUAUGUUAAAAUUGUUGAUAUCAGUUUUGUUCCGCUGGUGAAAGGGGCUGUUUGAGAUGGAAAACCCAGUGUAACAGACAUCUGGUCAUUCUGAAGUGUGGAUUUACUGUACUCUGAAUCACAGCUCUCAAACUCCAGUCCUGAGGGCCAUAGGGUCCGCACAUGCAGGGAUGCAGUGCAUGCAGGUUUAACUCCAGUCCUGGAGAGCCACAGUGCAGGUUUAACUCCAGUCCUGGAGAGCCACAGUGCAGGUUUAACUCCAGUCCUGGUGGGCUGCAGUGCAUGUAGGUUUAACUCCAGUCCUGGAGGGCCGCAGUGUCUGCAAGUUGAGCUCUGACCUGGGUUCUGCAGGACAAAAAGUGGAUAGUUAUUUUAAGCAACACUUACAGGGGCUAUACUUUAAAAUAUUCUUGUAUCUGAACAAGUCCAUUCAAUAAGAAAUUGCUGACUGAAAUCCAGGUCUCACUGUGCUGCAUAGUUCAUAAGUUCAUAAGUCGGAUGUGGAUACUGUAGAUGGUCUUGAGCAGAUGGACAAGAAGCUGUACUUCAUUAACCCCAGUGCAUGUGUGAUCAGCAUUAAAGGAGAUUACCAGUUACAGGAGUUACUCUGUUUUCCAUUAACACUGCCUUUAACCAGUCUCUGAAUCCCCAAAUCUAUGGCAGCUGCUUAAAGUGACAAUGUUCAGAAGAAUUUUGUCUCUUUUCUUAGAUUAGUAGAGAUCCUUUGGGACCAUAAAGAAUUGUAAGAGUCUUCCUCAUUAAGACUGAGAGUAUUGUACAUGUAAUUUAAGGGAGUCUUUCCAAUGGGGUUUUGUGGGACUCAACCCUCCCUGGUAGAUGUGAAGGAAGGGGAUUGGCUCCUACGUUGUACUGGCUGCAGGGAAGCCUCAUUUGCACAUGUACAUCUGUGUGUCACAUGGCUGAAAUUCCUAGUGAAGCAGCUGAGAAAUUAUUUGAGAAAAACGGGCACACACUCGCAACUUUGCACUUAAACAAGUAGUUCCAGGCUUGCUUUUCAUAUAUUCCUGGCAGAAUUUUCCCAACUCAAUCUUAAACGUGAUCUCCAGCAUAUAAGUGAACGGGUGUAGAUCAUUCUUCUCUAAGGCUGCCCCUAAUUAUUGCUUAUAAACUUUUCUUUCACUCUACUACCUGCUAUAUGCUGAGCGUAGGAAGCCUUGCAGGAAACAUGCUUGACAUUAAACAUUGUUCAGAAAUGAAUUCAAAUGC